AUGACGGAGUUCAAAACGUGUAAUGUGGUCGAUGCCUUUCCGGGUAACUCAUUUGUGGAUUCCAUAGCAUUCGGUAAACUUUCGCUAAAGUCGGCCAAGGAAGAGGAGUCAGAAGAUGACGGGAGCGGGUUGUGGCUGGAUGAGGCAUGGCAUUGGUUCGUAACAGUGGAGAACAAUAAUCUGGUCGAAGCAUCCAUCUUGAAGAUGUUUGUGAGACUAUCUGUUGAGUGUCCAGGAUCAGUUGAUUGGACUGACAAACUUGACGUCAUUUUUACGAAGAUUCCAGCCUCCAUGCGGCUUACACAAGUCCACCUUGACGAGUUUGUCACGCAAAUGCUGCCAUGUCUGAAAUUGGCAAUGUUCUCCAAAGCACGGAAUGACGUAUAUCCUGCUCUUGAGACUCUCACUGAACCUCAUCGUUUGCUUCAAGCUUUACAAGUACUUGUUGCUGUGGCGCCAGUGCUGGCCAAGGACCAGCCCGAUAAAAAUGGGAAGACGUUCCGUAUCCACGCUAUUAACCUUAUGAACUCUCUACUCCCCGGAUUGGAUCAAAACGAUAUGGGGAAAUGUCUUACAACAUUCCAGAUUGUUGGUGUGCUGGUGAACUUGAUCCCCCUGGUUGAUUGCUCUGAUGCUAUCCAUCUUCGCUCUGACUUGACGGAAGACGAGAAAGAGCUAUGCUCGGCAACAGCCAACUUCGACAGCAUUAUUGCCAUGUUCAUGGACAAAUUGCUGUCAAUGAUGAUGGAAUACGGAGAAGCAGCGGCUUUCACAGGCUCCCACACCAACAUCAACACUAAGACAAGGGCAAAUAUGGACGAUCAUAUUUUGCACAGAGGCACCAUUUCGGUUUUCAAGGGCAUAUGUCGGAACUCCAGCACGGAACUCUACAAAGUAGCAGUUGAUCGUUUGUAUACGUUUAUGUGUGAGAAUGUGUUCGAUAGCAAAACAGUGUCGACAGCCAUAGCAGAUAUGGUGUUUGUAGCGGUAAAGAUGUAUCCUUCACUAUCGUUCGUCCGAUUCUUCUCGCUGAUCAAGAAGAAAUUGCAGCAGUGCAUUUGUAACGAGACGUAUUCCGAGGAAAAGGUAGACUUCCAAGUGAUCUGGUGGCUUUCAAUGGCCGAUCGAGUCCUGAAGGCUCCGUCCAGUUACUUGCUUGAGAAUUGGGCUGAUGUUCGUGCGGUUCUCGAGCUAGUCCUACCGUUGAAGAAAUGUACGCUGGCUACCGAGAAGGCUGCUGCUAUUUUGGAAAGCGUGCUGGAAGGACUCUGCAGUAUCUAUCUUCUUGAAUCACCAACGCGAAGAGCUAAUGCUGACAAGAACUUGGAAGAUGCUCUGGCUAUUCGGGUGCGCCAUAAUUAG